AUGAGACCUUUAACCGAAGAAGAAACCAAGGUUGUGUUCGAGAAGCUCGCCAACUACAUUGGCAGAAACAUCUCCUUCUUGAUCGACAACCCCUCCAAUCCCCAUGUCUUCCGUUUACAAAAAGAUCGUGUCUACUAUGUGUCUGAUCAAGUGGCCAGAUUCGCUACUUCGGUCUCCAGACAACAAUUAAUGUCGGUUGGAACUUGUUUCGGUAAAUUCACAAAGACUGGAAAGUUCCGUUUACACAUAACUUCCUUGCCAUAUUUGUCCCAGUACGCCAAGUUCAAAAUAUGGAUUAAACAAAAUGGUGAGAUGCCUUACUUAUACGGUAACCAUGUGUUAAAAGCCCACGUUGGCCGUAUGUCAGACGACAUUCCAGAGCACGCCGGUGUGAUAGUGUACUCGAUGAAUGAUACCCCAUUAGGGUUCGGUGUGAGUGCCAAAUCCACUAAUGAAGCCAGGUCCUUACAGCCCACUGCUAUUGUUGCAUUCAGACAGGGUGAUAUUGGUGAAUAUUUGAGAGAAGAAGAUACUUUAUUCACUUAG